AAGAUUCUAUUAGGCACUAAGUGAAAUAUAUAUGCAUGCCCUUAUACCGUUUAACACUCUGGGUCCACCUUCAAGACACUGGGCUGUGGAUCAACCGAACCACCACUCCUCUUCCAAGAAUCAUUUUGACAGGUUCUUUUGGAGGAACUCCUUCUCUUUUUAACCCACCCUUUAAAAAAAAAAAAAAUGGCACCAAAGAAAGACGUGAAGAAACCUGCGGCCGCGGCUGCCCCGGCACCGGCACCGGCACCUGCACCUGCCCCUGCCCCAGCCAAACCCAAAGAAGAAAAAAUUGACCUCUCUGCCAUUAAGAUCGAGUUCUCUAAGGAACAGCAGGAUGAAUUCAAGGAGGCAUUUCUCCUGUUUGACAGAACAGGUGAUUCCAAGAUCACCUUAAGCCAGGUUGGUGAUGUCCUUCGAGCUCUGGGCACAAAUCCCACCAAUGCAGAGGUCAGGAAAGUUCUGGGAAACCCCAGCAAUGAAGAGCUGAAUGCCAAGAAAAUUGAGUUUGAACAAUUUCUGCCUAUGAUGCAAGCCAUUUCCAACAACAAGGACCAGGGCACCUACGAAGACUUUGUUGAGGGUCUGCGUGUCUUUGACAAGGAAGGCAAUGGCACAGUCAUGGGUGCUGAACUCCGCCAUGUUCUAGCCACCCUGGGUGAAAAGAUGAAAGAGGAAGAAGUGGAAGCUCUGAUGGCAGGUCAAGAAGACUCCAAUGGCUGCAUCAACUAUGAAGCUUUUGUCAAGCACAUUAUGUCUAUCUGAAUGGAGCUCUCAAGUUUUCUUUACAGAACAAGCAUUGUUUAGGAAGACUGUCUGGAAACUUAUUUUAAUCACACCCAUGACAAACUCUCCAGAUCUGUUUACCAUCAUUCAGAAAAACAAAGCAAUCUGGACUGUUCAAGACUGAGCAACUCCCUGAAUUUUUAUACAUCUUCAGUUUUUCUCUGAAUUGUAUUCAUACCACACAAAGUAUCUGCUGCUCUAGACGAGAAUAAUAAAAUAUUGACAAUCUCAAAUCCAAGCACCAUUCUUUAUUAUCUACUAUGAAUCAACAAACAUUCUUAAAACAAUAAAUCAAUAAACAAUUUUGGUCAGUCUGGAA